CCUCCAGUCUUGUACAGGUGUACUGACUCCUCCCCUCCAGACGUGCACAGGUGUACAGGCUCCUCCCCUCCAGACUUGUACAGGUGUACUGACUCCUCCCCUCCAGACGUGCACAGGUGUACAGGCUCCUCCCCUCCAGUCUUGUAUGGGUGUACCAGCUCCUCCCCUUCAAUCUUGCACAGUGGGAGGAAUAGUGUCCCAUCAUUGGUGUCAGUGGGAGGAAUAGUGCCCCAUCAUUGGUGUCAGUGGGAGGAAUAGUGCCCCAUCAUUGGUAUCAGUGGGAGGAAAUAGUGCCCCAUCAUUGGUGUCAGUGGGAGGAAUAGUGCCCCAUCAUUGGUGUCAGUGGGAGGAAUAGUGCCCCAUCAUUAGUGUCAGUGGGAGGAAUAGUGCCCCAUCAUUGGUGUCAGUGGGAGGAAUAGCGCCCCAUCAUUGGUAUCAGUGGGAGGAAUAGUGCCCCAUCAUUGGUAUCAGUGGGAGGAAUAGCGCCCCAUCAUUGGUGUCAGUGGGAGGAAUAGUGCCCCAUCAUUAGUGUCAGUGGGAGGAAUAGCGCCCCAUCAUUGGUGUCAGUGGGAGGAAUAGUGCCCCAUCAUUGGUGUCAGUGGGAGGAAUAGUGUCCCAUCAUUGGUGUCAGUGGGAGGAAUAG